CGUUGAUUCGCAUUUGCAUCGGUCAGGCAGGGCUAUCUAUCGGAUGUUGAAUAACUUCACCGAACGAAAACUCAAUUGAGCCAUCAUUUGAUCUUAACUUAUUAAAUUAUAUAUUAAACAAACUAUCCAAAUGGGUCGUAUCCUUGGCGCUGUUGCUCUAAUUCUGAUGGCGGGCUCAUGUCUGCCAGCGGAAAUAGAAUUGCCGCCAGUUGAGUUCAAGCCGGUCCGAGAAAUACCCGGGGAUAUUCCGACCUGUCGGGAGGGUGACAUCAACAUCAGCGAGUGCAUCAAGCAGGGCCUCCAGCAGAUAACGCCACGCAUGAAGUACGGCAUCAGCGAGCUGAACAUCCCGCCCCUCGAUCCCUUCGAGAUGGGCAAGAGCUCCUACAGCUACACCUCCGGCCUGCUCCAGGGACGGAUCUCCAUGAAGGACGUCGUGGUCCACGGCCUCAGCGAGGGCAUCGUGGACAAGGUCAACUUCCGGCUGAAGGAUGGUCGCGUGCGCAUGGAGAUCCUUUCGCAUGUGCCCCAAAUGUUCGUCGAGGGCUUCUACAAGGCGGACAUCAAGCUCAACGACCUCAAGCUGAAUCCAAAGGGCGCCUUCAACAUUACCAUGACUAAUGUUGCGAUGAGGGCGAGACCCAUUGGCGAGCUAUACGAGCGUGAUGGCCACACCUAUCUGCGCCUAACUAAACUGGAGACUGAGCCCAAGGUGGGUGACCUGAAAUUCUACGCCAAUGGACUCGUUCCCGAUCCGGUGCUGAACGAUGUCAUCUUGGACUUUAUCAAUCAGUACUGGCGCCAGCUUUAUGAGGCCAUGCUUCCCGAGACUUUGGCCACCUGGCAGCCCCUGAUCUUGAAGUCCACCAACGACUUCUUUGCUGCACUACCAUUUGAUAUGCUUGUUACCAAGAAUUGAGAUACCUAACUUUAAUAUUGAUUUACUAUUUAUAUCCUGCGGAUUCAUCUGUUCUACUCAAGGUGUUAACAUAGUUCGUACCGAAAUAAAGAUAAAGUUACCUAAA